AUGCCAUCCAUUCUGGCAGCCAGCCGGAAGCGUCGACAGUCAUCAAAAGCCAGCCUCCCAACGACCAGAGGGAAUACGGGUUCUCGAUCUUCCAAAAUACCUAGACUGAAUCACCUUCUCUACGAUGGAACAAGCUCCAGGUCAAUCGAAUCCGUCGGCACCAGUCACUCUAAGGCCAGCGUCAAGACUCAUAUCAAGAGAGGGGUUACAAAUAUCAAAACAAUCCUGAGACUGGGAGACAAACACAGUGCUACCACACUGCAGCCGCAGGCUUGCUCCGCCUCUGCACAGAGCUCGACGACUAGUUAUCUUCUCCAGAAUGAUUCCACGGCCACGACGCUUUGUCCGCCAUUGACAAUCACAUUGACCGGCAUGAAUCCUGCAGAUAGGACAACUGCCUCGCCCACCAUGAACAGUGCACGAACAAGCCCUGGACCUCGUGCUCUGCAAGAUCCCGAGGUCGCGGCCGAUAGGUCUUCCAAUCGAGACGGUCGUGACAUACGUCGGAGCCAAUCUCUUCCUGGUUUGCAUCAUGCAAUUGCACAAAAGUUUCAUCAGACGUUCAUUCACUCAACUGUGGUGAAAAGGACCGAGUUGCGAUCACGUCCAAGUUUACAAAUGUUUGCGGUAGACGCAGCACGGAUUGACAGAGAUCUGCAGUCAUCCACAACUUCUACCCUCAACAGUGUUUGGGGUUCAACACCCGAAAGGGUCUCAUCUAGCCAGGUGACAUCUAUUCCUAUCACCACUACCUCCGGCUUGACCUAUCUAGGGAGUCUGGAUUCAUAUAAUAUCGAUCGCCACUCAUACGCUUCAUGCGCCCGGCUCUUGGCUCCUAUUCCGGAGAUCAGUGUAUCUCCAAGUAUUACCAUCAAGACCGUUGAAUCUGCUGCUGCGGCCAAAGCUUUCUUUGAGAUGCAUUUCAAUUCCUUGCUCAAGGAGAUAUCUGGAAGAUCACGCCGACGAUGGCAAUUAGAGCUCAAACUCAACGAACUCCAUUUUCCCACCAGCAGUCAGUAUCGAGCCAAGAGAGCAUGGGAGCAGGCAGAGAGUCAGAAUCUCAGACAGAGCCGAAUACUUAAGAAUACCACCAAUUCUUCAAAAGCCACUCGAGGGAUCCAUAUUGGUGGCUUUGAGGUCAUCAGUAUUCUUGGUAAGGGAAGCUUUGGUGUUGUCCGUCUUAUCAAAGGGACGCCUGAGAUUGAGGCAAUUCAGAAUGAGGCUACACACGGCGAGGGCAAUUCAGAGCAUAAGCCUUCUCGGCUCAGCCUAAAGACUUCACCAAUGCGACGACCAGGUUCAUUUCCUAAGAACAGAAGUCAAGUAGCUCAGGAGAAGAGAGAAGUUUUCGCAAUGAAAGUCAUUCGGAAGUCUGACAUGAUUCGAAACGCUCAAGAAGGACAUAUCCGGGCUGAGCGAGACUUCUUGGUUGCCGCCGAAGGGUCAAAAUGGGUUAUCCCUUUGAUCGCCGCCUUUCAAGACUACAAGCAUUUGUACCUUGUGAUGGAAUAUUGCAUUGGAGGCGACUUUCUAGGACUCCUCAUACGCAAGAAUGUUCUCACCGAGGACGCCACCAGGUGGUAUGUUACCGAGAUGAUCCUCUGCGUCGAGGAAGCCCAUCGGUUGAGAUGGAUCCAUCGUGACGUGAAGCCCGACAAUUUUCUUAUUGGCCUUGAUGGACACUUGAAGAUAUCCGACUUUGGUCUCGCCUUCGACGGAGACUGGAGCCACGAUCAAAAGUUCUACCAAAACAAUCGGCGCUCACUACUCGAACGAUUAGGGAUUGACAUCGAAGGCGAUGAGCAAGACAAGCAGGAACGAGAAUUUGGACAGUACUCGGUCGGGGCUUCACCGUCGGCCCAACAACUACUGCCUCUCGAGGGUAAAUCAGAGUCCAAGGACGAACCGUGUCUCAAUGAGCCAAUCCUCGACUGGCGCAAUCGUGCUCAACGGCGACGUCUAGCGCGGUCUGUGGUCGGCACAUCUCAAUACAUGGCUCCGGAAGUCAUUCGGGGCGAAUUAUACGAUGGUCGAUGUGAUUAG